GCCGCUAGAGGUUGUGCCAAACGAAGGGCUUACAUCCUAAGAACCAGAGUUGGGUGUGGAUUCGCCAUAAUUUCAAUUCAAUAUUUUUGAUAUGCUAUUGGUGUUUACUCCAAGUCUUCAAUCAGAGCAAAUAAACAAAUCGGUGCCUUUUAAAUUAAGUAGAGCUGUCCAUCAGAAGAAAGAAAAUAUAUUAAAGAAAACCUUAGUCAAAACAAAACGGAUAACUAUUAUACUACACCUACUCCUCUGACUUUGACAAAGUAAUUCAAUUAAUUUAGUGAUAAACACAAAGCUGAGGUGGUGUUGGGAAUUAAUUAAAGGGCGUUAUACAACAAGCUGUGUGAUUAAAUGAUUGGUUAAAGAGCUGAAUAACUUUUUAUUGUGAUACUUGCUGGUACUAAGGUCAAAUCACUGUAUAUUGAUGUCCUCUUGAUCUUGUGAAAGGUAUUUCAAGUGAAAAUCUUUCUGUUACAUCCUUAUUUUCGUUUCUUAUUAUCUCGUCCGUUUUUGUGAUCUCUUCAAAACUACACUACAAAUUUCGCAAAAAUAUUAUUACUGUCAAUUAAAAAAAAAAAGAUUGUUUGAUAUCUUGAGAAGUGAUGGCAGCUUAUAUAGCUGUAAUUUCUCUUCUUCAAACAAUUGAGCAAUUUCAGCAGAGACACCCUGAACUUGUUCAAGGUUUUACUGCUAAAACGCUCGAAUCCCUUCAUGAAACUGCUGAGUAUUUUCAAAAUGUUGUUGAAGAAGCUGGCAAGAGUAAAUUUGAUGCUGAAAAAAAGAAGUCUUUGGAGGAAAAAAUAAGAGCUGCUGCUAGUUAUGCAGAAGAUAUUGUUGAGAUGAAGAUUUGCCAAAUCAUCGAAGACUUAAACUUGAAAUAUGGAAUGGCACCUAAAAGUUCACUAUACAAGAAUUUGCUGCCAUUUGUUGAAAGAGUUGAUAGAAAAAAGAAUGAAGUGAUGGAGAUUGUUUCUGAUUUUAGCACAAGAAUUCAUGAUAUUGAUGAUGAUCAAAUUUUGGAAUCUGCUGAGGAUUCCUUGAUUGGCGCUUCUUCUAGAAGUAACCCAGUGCUGCAACAUUUUGAAGAUGAUAGCGUGCACGGACUUGAUGAUGACUUGGAGAUAAUAGUUAAAAGAUUGACAGAACGGUCGUCAAAUUUAGACAUUGUCACAAUAACAGGCAUGGGUGGCAUUGGCAAAACAACACUCGCUAGAAAAGCUCAUGAUCAUCUAACAAUCAAGAAUCAUUUUGAUCUUCGUAUUUGGGUUACAAUAUCUCAAGAAUAUGGAAGUAGAAAUGUGUUGUUAGAAGCUUUACGUUGCAUUUUAAAGAAUAAUGACAUCGAAAAAGAUUAUGAUAAGAAGAAUGACUGUGAGUUAGCCGACUUGGUGCAAAAAAAACUAAAGGGUCCAAGAUACCUUGUUGUUGUUGAUGAUAUUUGGAGUACGGAUGUUUGGGAUAGCAUAAAAGGAAUAUUUCCUGAUUGGCGCAAUAAGAGUCGAAUCUUAUUGACUACUAGGGAAUCAAAGGUAGCAAUGUAUGCAAAUCCUAUUAGCCGUCAUGAAAUGAACCUCUUGAAUUUAGAAAACAGUUGGAAGUUACUUUGUGAUAAGGUGUUUGGACCAAAACAUGAUCAUCCCGAGUUGGAAGAAACUGGAAAGAAAAUAGCAGAAAAAUGCCAAGGACUACCCUUGACAAUUUCAGUGAUUGCGGGACAUCUCUCUAAAGUGGCCAGGACGUUAGGAAGUUGGAAGGAUGUCGCCCGAACCUUAGGUGAAAUCAUUGCUAGUCAAACAGAUAAAUGCUCAGGAGUGCUCGGUUUGAGUUAUCAUUACUUGCCUAAUCACCUCAAACCUUGCUUUCUUUCUAUGGGUGGUUUCCCAGAGGAUUAUCAGGUUGAGACUUGGAGAUUGAUUCAAUUAUGGAUCGCUGAAGGUUCUAUAAGGAGGCCUGGAAGUGAUAAAAGCUUGGAGGAAUUGGGAGAAGAUUAUUUGGAGGAUCUUAUCAGCAGGAAUUUGAUAACUGUUAGAAAAAAGAGAUUCAAUGGUGAGAUAAAAGCUUGUGGAAUGCAUGAUCUAGUGCGUGAAUUCUGUUUGACUGAAGUUAAAAUGACACAGUUUAUGCAUGUUGAGAUAACUGACAAAGUCCCUACCUUUAUGCAUGAUGAGAUAGCUGACAUAGUCCCUACUCUUCCAGCACAAAAGCAUAAUGGUCGUCGCUUCAGUUUUCAAAUGCACGGUUAUUCAGUUGAUGAUUGCUGCAAGCUGUUACCCUCAGUUGCCAGAUCUAUCUACUUAUUUUGUAAAUUCCGACCUUCUGUAAACCUUGAAUUUUUCUCCCGUUUCAACCUUCUCAGGGUAUUGGCCAUCUUUCAUGAAUAUGAAUGUUAUCGUAAAUUUCCACUCGUUAUUACAAAGUUAUUUCACCUGAGAUAUCUCCAAAUUCAAGCUUACGGCAAUCUUCCUGAGUCAAUAUCAGAGCUUCAGAAUUUGCAAACUCUAAUUUAUGAUGGACGAAAUAAUCAUACAACUUUACCAGGGAAGAUAUGGAUGCUGAGGAACUUGAGGCAUAUAAAUACGAGGGAACCCUGCUAUUUACCCAGCCCUAGAAGAAAAAGUAUCUCAAAUAAGCAUCUUGUGAUAGGGAUGCCAAAUAUAGAGAAGCUUUCUAAUCUAUGUUUCACCAGCUGUACAAAUGAAAUUUUUUCUCGCAUUCCCAAUCUAAGGAGAUUGAUUGUUCGUCAUAAAGGGGGUAGGGCCAAUCGCCUUAUUGAUAUUUCCAUCUUGAAAAAACUCGAAGCAUUCAAGUUUGUCAUCGAUGCUCUUUGGUCUAGUCCUCCACCGAUCUCCAUCAAACGGUCUGUUCUCCCAGCAUCAAUUAAGAGGUUGACUUUAUCUGGCGGGUUUUGUUUUCCUUGGGAAGAUAUGUCAACUCUUGUCAUGUUGCCAAACCUUCAAGAGCUCAAACUUAAAAAUCGUGCAGCCUAUGGUAAAGAAUGGAGAUUGAGUGAUAAAUACAAAUUCAAAAGCCUAAAGUUGCUGUUAUUUCGCAGCCUAGAUCUUGAGCAUUGGGAAGCUAGCAGUGAUAACUUCCCAAACCUAGAACGGCUUGUUCUGAAGAUAUGCAAAUAUCUUAAGGAAAUUCCAACAGAUUUUGAGGAAAUUUGUACUUUGGAGUCAAUUGAGUUAUAUCAGUGCGGCACUAGUGUUGUGGAUUCUGCAAAAGAGAUUGAACAAGAACGAUUAAAUAACACGGGAAACAAUUCCCUUAAGGUUUAUGUCCAUAGAUUUCACUGUAAGUUUUAGAUCUCUCCCAAAAAGAAAAAAGAAAAAAAAACCAUUAUUCACCUUAUUAAUUACUUCAUAUUUGCUACAGUGGAAUUUAGAUGAUGACUUCUACUUUUUAUCUUGCAUAUAUGCAGGGGAAUGAAGCUUAUUUUGAGGGACCAUCUGACGCUUUAGAUUUCGAAAAGUAACACCUUUCUUUUAUGUUCUUAACCUUUGUUAAAUAUUUGCUUUUUAGGAAUAAGCAUGUUUAAUGCAUGCCUUGCCAAUUUGUGAUUUAGUAUUUUGUAAAGGGCUCCCUUGUGUAAAUCAUAACUAUUGAUGUACUUUAAUAGGUGUAUUUAUUUUGUGUUAUGAAUGGAUUUGGAUUCCUAUUUCACUUACUUGAAGUCAUGGUCAUCUUAUUAAAGAAAAGCGAGUUGAGCUGUUAAUUGAUGAUGUUAUGGACAA